AACAGAUUUGUUUGGAAGUUUCUAGUAUGCUAACUAAGACCUUAAUGAAAUGGAGCAGGUGUGAUUAAUUAAAGGUUGGCUUGUGUUUGCCAGAGAGCAUAUAAUGAAGUGAAAAUGUCUAGAGGCCUUCUUCUGUGUUUUCACAGCAGGUGAGUAUGUUACAGCUUGUUGUGUGUGUAUAUGUUUAGGCUGAAUUACUGUUACCCUUUUAAACUUAAACAAAUGUGGCAGUGUUGAUUAGUAUUUAUAGAACAUUUUUGUAAGUUGUCUGAGAGUGUGGUUUUGUGUGGCUGUGACUGAUUUUGGAAUCAAUUUACAAUAAGGUAAUUAUUUGUUUGUUUCUUUAGCUAAAUUGAAGUAAUGCUGAACAAUAGUUUUACAGUAUUUAUUCAUUUUGAUUCUUGGCAGCAUUUACUAAAAAAUUUAGAAUAUCAAAAUUUGUAAUUCUCAGUAAAUGCAGACUAAAAUAACAUGAACAAUUGCAUAUAAAUGCCUAAUAUAAUUAGACUUAACAGAUGUGUAAGAUCUGCACUGUAUUGUUCUUUGUCAGUUCAUGUUAAAGUAUUUACUUAAGAGUUUGUGAUUCAAUUUUGAGUUGUAAGUAGUCAAAUGUUACUGUUUUUAUUGUAUUGUAAACUUAUUGAUCAAAAUUCUUUAGUGAUCAGAAUUGUUUUUAUUACAUUGAUAUGUAAUUACUUGCCUUGCUUACAUUUGUACACACUUGCAUUUUAAUUCUUCUUCUUAUGUUUUGGUGAAGAGUGUGAGUUCAGGUAAGUGAUGGUUUAAACAAAUUUUAAUAUUCUAUUUAAAUAUAAAAUUUGUUUAAACACUACUUGUAUGAUUUUAUAUGGUGGUAAGUUGUAGUUGAGUUACUUUUAAAUAUUUAAAUAUAUUAAAUGUUUUAUUGUAAAAAUGCACACAUGAAAUAUACUGAAUAAAAGUAAUUUGUAUAAAGUCUAAUUUGAAGAUUUAACAGCACACACAAAUAUUUUAAUCAUGUGUGUGCCUUCUGAAUUAAUAUAAAAAAAACUACAAUUGUUACAUGUUAUUUAUGUUUCUGUUAACAUGAGAUUUACUUUACUCACACACUACAAAUGAUCAUACUGAAGUAAUUCUGUUUCAACAGAUGCCGCGACCAAAGAAGAGGUCUGCUAUAGCCAAGAGGUUAUAUGCAGAGCGACAUGCUAUUACAGAGGCUGCACCGCUUCCUCUCAAAACAAGUCAAGCAGAGGUUCCGCCGCUUCCUCUUAAAAAAAUGGCAGAGGCUGCACGACCUCCUCUUAAAACAUUUAAGGCCGAGGUAACGCCGCUUCCUCGUAAAAAAAUGGCCGACUGCUCUGGCAGUUGUAAUCUUGAUGCCACCCGACAGGUUCCACCCCAUCCUGCUAAAACAAAUGGGAAAGAGGCUGCACCGCUUCCUCUCAAAACAAGUCAAGCCGAGGUUAUACCAAGUCCUCGUUCAAAAAAAGGUCGGUUUUGCCAUCGUGUAGAAACCACCCCUCAACAGGUUCCAUCUCUUCCUGUGGGUGCAAUUGGGGUAGAGGCUGCAGCGCUUCCUCUCAAAACAAGUCAAGCCGAGGUUAUACCAAAUCCUCGUUCAAAAAAAGGUCGGUUUUGCCAUCGUGUAGAAACCAAUUCUCAACAGGUCCUAUCCCUUCCUGUGAAUACAAUUGGGAUGGAGGCUGCACAGCUCCCUCUUAAAACAAGUAGAGCAGAGGUUCCGCCGUAUCCUCUUAAAAAACUGGCAGGGUUGUCACCUCGAAGUGGCAGCCUCAGUACCAUGCAAAACCCUUCAGAACCCUUCAGAAACCCAUUGAUACCCCUUGAAAACCCAUUGAUACCAAAGCAAACCUCUAUGAAAAUGAAACACAACUCUGAAAACUGUAAUUUACAUGAAAUUGCUUUGAAUACUUUACCUGCAAGUGUUGAAUUUCCACAGAAACCAGUGCUGAAAGGUUCCUUUCAUCAAGGUGAUGCCCGUUUUGGUGAUUCACGUAACAGACAGUGUGGUGCAGUCAGUCUGACAGCUGUGUUGACAAACAAGAUAAAGAGUGUGCUGACCUGGACAACACGAGAUCUUGAUGGUGUUUUGGUGACAGGAACACAGCUUUAUGAAACUCUACGAAACCAGGGUAACAUAAAUGACCAGGAAGCUAUGGGUAGGCAUUACAUUGCAGUCCAUGAAUUACCAAGGAGACAUGUGUUAGGUAAUACAGUCUUUUACAUUGAGUAUGCAGAUUCUCUGACUGGAUUGAUAAAUGUUGAUGUUUAUGAUGAAGAUGUUAGCAGUGUGGUUAUGCCACUUGAUGUAGCUCUUCAGCAAACUUUACUGAGUGCUGAUGCUUUCCUUUUGACUAUAUCUGCUAACACGUGUGCGGUCAUUAAGCAAGGAUCAUGGUAUGCUUUUGUUGAUUCUCAUGCUCUCAAAACAGAGACAAGUUAUGUUGCUUAUCACAGCAGUAUACAAUCGUUGUACGAUUACAUUAAUGAGAUUGCAAUGUCAUUUGGUGUAAAUGAGCCACUAUUUGAGAUAACUGGAGUUAUGGUUCAUACAGAUGCAGUUGACUCACAGUUGCUGGAAGCAGACCGCAGCAGUCUUCUAUGUUCUUCUGGUAAAGUGCUUUACAGUGAAGUUGUAAAACGCACACCCAAGGUAUGUGAAUCUGUGAUCACUGAGGUUAGGGCAUCUGACUUUUCACUACCUGAUGCUGAAGUUACAAAUGCAAGAAGAAAGAACCUUCCAAUGCAUACAGACCAAACUCUGUUUCAAAGUAAAGGAAAAAAGGCAAAAAGAAAGCAGUUUGAUUUUCCAGAUAAACAGUUGUCAAAAUGCAAUGUUAAAACUGUGGUAACUGAUGACAUUAUUAUUACAGACGUUACAAUUCCAGACAUAUUUUUCUGCCCUUUGACUCAAGAAGAUCAGCAAGCUUUAUGUAAAGUUGUACUUUUGACAAAUGAUAACAGUGACCAUAAUGUUGUCAUAAACUUUGGUCCCAUUGCAGGUCCAUGUCAGACCAAGAGUAUCAAAGCAGAUGGUAAUUGUUUUUUUAGAUCACUGGCACAUGCAAUAUGUGGAAGCGAGGAGAAACAUCUGAAAAUUCGCCGUGCUGUUGUGAAACACCUGAAAACGAAUGGUCCAAUGUUUCAGAGGUAUGUCAGAAGUGAGUAUGUUUCAGUAGAUGACUAUUUGACACAAUCUAGAAUGUUUUAUUCUGGGUCAUGGGUCACUGAAAUUGAUAUAUUUGCUGCUUCUGAUCUGUUUAAAACCACCAUAAUGACAUUUAAUGAUGGCAGAUGGUGUGCUCAUAACCCCAGUGGAGAGGUAUUGACACACAAUGCAAUCUAUUUAAACAAUUGUAACAAUAAUCAUUAUGAAGUUGUGACAUGUGUUAAGCACAGAGAUCAAGACAAUGUUUGUGCAGGAGCAUGUGACAGUGCAACAUCAAAUGAGACGACGAGUAAGUCAUGUUUGCGAAAAAGGAAGGUAAGUGAUGCUAUAGAAUCUUCUGCAAGCAAAAAGCAUAGAGAGAGAUACUGCCAUAACAGUGAGUACAAACAAAAACAACUGACAUACUUAAAAACAAAAUACUUAAAUGAUGCCAAUUUUAAGGAGAAAAUGCUCCAAUGUUCAAAGGUUAAAUACUCAAACAAUAGUCAGUUUAAGAAGCAUGUUUGUUUGUAUUCUCAAACAAAAUACAAGAGCAAUGUGGGUUUUCAAGCCAGUGUGCGUGAAUAUUCCAAGAGAAAAUACCUUCAAAACCCAGCCUUUAAAUUAAAAGUGUGUCAGUAUUCCAAGACGAAAUAUCUUAGAAAUGUGGCUUUUAAGGCAAGAGUACGUGAGUAUUCUAAGAAGAAAUAUCUUCAAAACUUGGCCUUUAAGGCAAGAGUAUGUGAGUAUUCUAAGAAGAAAUAUCUUCAAAACUUGGCCUUUAAGGCAAGAGUACGUGAGUAUUCUAAGAAGAAAUAUCUUCAAAACUUGGCCUUUAAGGCAAGAGUACGUGAGUAUUCUAAGAAGAAAUAUUUUCAAAACUUGGCCUUUAAGGCAAGAGUCUGUGAGUAUUCUAGAAAGAAAUACCUUAAAACAAAGAAGGAACAGAAACAAAUUGAUUCUAUUAUUGCUCAUUUUCGCCAGGAAGUAAGUAGAGGUGCAGAGUUUGUGUGCUGUGUCUGUCACCGUUUACUUUUCAGAAAGCAAGUAAAAGAAUGCAAAAUUGAAUGCUAUGAAAAGAAAGGAGAGCGAAUUGCUGCAUUGGCCAGAAGAUGCAUCACACUGAGGUAUGUUCAUGUUUGUGAUGAGAGAUGUUCUGGUAAUUCUAAUGUUUCUUCUGCAGAGUGCAAACUGUGGAUCUGUCCAACAUGUCAUCGAAAAAUCCUAUAUGGACAAUUGCCUGCGGAAAGUGUUGCUAACAACAUGCAUUUGGUGGAUAUUCCAUAUCAGCUGAAAUGUCUUAAUUCAUUAGAACAACAUCUUGUUGCUCGUAAUAUUCCUUUUUUGAAAUUGCUUUGUCUCCCUCGCGGGAAACAACGGGGUUGUCAUGGGCCAGUUGUCUGUGUGCCUGUAAAUGCCUCUGACAUCUGUAAUAUUCUUCCAAGAAAUGAAUGUGAUGACAUGAUGGUAAGGAUCAAACUGAAGCGCAAGUUAACAUACAAAGGGCAUUACGAGUAUAAGUAUGUGCACACUGAUCGUGUUAGAAAUGCUUUGAAAUAUUUAAUCAGAUGCAAUAGGUGGUAUAAAGAUGUUGAGAUUAAUGAACGGUGGAUCAACUCUUUGGAUGAACUGCCAGAGAAUGUUGUUUGUGAUGAAAUGCAGGAACAAGAUUCUGAAGCUGAAAAUGGUGAUGUGCAAAAUGAUCCUGAAGAAGAAACUGAGGAGGACUUGACCUAUAUCAAAGAGCAAUGCGGUCUUUUGUCUGACACGUCAUUACAACCUGUUGAUGUUGGUUCUGAAAUAAUUGAUCAACAUUUUCAGGAUGUAUUAAAUGUUGCGCCAGCUGAAGGUAAGAGUCCUGUUAAAUUGCUAUCUGAUAAAACAAAUGAAGCUAAAUGUUUUCCUGUUCUUUUUCCAACUGGUGGCCCAACCUUCCAUGAUGACAGGGAAGUAAAAAUCACACUGUCCCGAUACCUUAAUGCAAGAAUUCUCAAUGCAGAUGCGCGUUUUGCACAAAACACAGACUUUAUAUUCUAUGCACAGUAUUUGUCAGAAUUGGAUCAAAUUGUGUCUAACGUUUCUAUUGCUUUACGAAAAGGUUCAGAAAACAGUCUGUUACAGGCAGUUACAUCAGAUGUGCUCACCAACCCAGAAUCUUUAACCAAGUUGCUGAAUUACGAUGAAGGCUACAAGUUUUUGAGGCCGGUCCGUGGAACGCCCCCAUAUUGGCAAAGCACUCAGAAAGACCUUUUUGCUCUCAUCCGACAACUAGGUAUUCCAACUUUCUUUGCAUCAUUCAGCUCAGCAGAUCUAAGGUGGCCUGAAAUGAUCAAAACCAUUCUUCUUCAAGAAGGUAAGAAUUUUAAUGUUGAUGAGCUUGACUGGUCUGAAAAAUGUGGGCUGAUUAGAAGAAAUCCUGUCACUGCUGCAAGAAUGUUUGACCAUAGGUGGCAUUGUUUUUUGAAAGAUGUAAUUAUGUCUCCUGCUAAACCUAUUGGAAAGGUAAUUGAUUACUUUUACCGUGUGGAAUUUCAGCAGCGUGGAUCUCCUCAUGUUCAUUGUCUGUUUUGGGUAGAAAAUGCUCCAAAGUUAAAUGAAGACAAUGAAGACAAUGAUGCUUUGGUUGCUGCAUUUGUAGAUCGUUACAUCACUUGUGAGAUUCCGAGUGAGGAUGAUACUGAAUUGUAUGAGAUCGUCAACAGUGUUCAGAAGCACAGUGUCAGACAUUCUAAGACAUGUCGUAAGAAAAACACAGUUUGUAGAUUUAAUUUCCCACGACCACCAUCUAGUCGCACAUUUAUAUCAAGAGUUUAUUUGGGGCAAUGCAAUGAUGAAAAUGAGACUGCAAGUGCAAUUUUGAAGAAAAUUAAAAGUGCCUUAACAGAUUCUGAUGUUAAUUUUAUUUCAACAGAUGCAUUUUUUCAAUCUAUUGGGAUUGAUCAGGCUGUGUUUGAGAAGGUUUACAAAAAAUGUUCAAAGAAGAAAAGUGUUGUCUUGAAACGAAAUCCAAAUGAUGUUUGGGUAAACCAGUAUAAUAAAGAUCUUAUACGUGCAUGGCAAGGCAACAUGGAUAUCCAAUAUGUCACUGAUGCUUACUCUGUAGUUGUUUAUAUUAUUAGUUAUAUCACAAAAGCAGAGCAAGAAAUGGGACUGUUGCUGCAACGUGCACAGAAUGAAGCGAUGGAUGGAAAUCAUGAAGCAAGAUCAGCUUUGAAAAGGUUGGGAAGUAUAUAUCUACACAACAGAGAAAUCUCUGCUCAAGAGGCGGUGUAUCGACUAACAGGUAUGCACUUGAAAGAAUGUUCUCGCAAAGUCCAGUUUAUUCCAAUUGGCACAGACCCUGUGAAAAUGAGUUUACCUCUGCGUGUGCUGCAAGCCAAAGAUGAGCAGUCAGGUGAGAAAACCACUAUUUGGAUGAAGAGUCUCGUUGACAGGUACAAGAGUAGACCCAAAACAGAAAUUUUUGAUGUUAUGUGUAUUGCAAGUUUUUGUUCAGAAUACAGGAUUUUGUCACAAUCUGAGCUUUCUUUACAAAAGUCCUCCAAAGACAAAGUCAUUAAGCUUAACAACAACUGUGGCUAUAUGAUACGCAGAAGUCGAACCAAACCGGCAGUGGUCAGGUAUCCAAGAUUUUCACCAACAAAGGAUUCAGGGAAGUACCACCAUUCAUUGUUACAACUUUUUUUACCACAUUAUGAAAAUUGGCAGCUGAAGCCAGAUAAUUUUAACACUUAUGAAGAUUUCUACAACAAUGGUGCUGUUAAAUGUGGAAGUACUCUGGCAAGUGUUAAGUGUAUUGUUGAUGCAAAUCGAGCAAUUUUUGAAAAGGAAAGUGAUAAAAUGGAUAGAGCUCAACAGCUUUUAGAGCAAGGUGUUGAUUUAGAAGAUGCUUGGGCUCUACUGUGCCCUGAAACUGAGAAAGAACGUGAUGAAUGUUUAAAUAUAAAGAAGCAAGAAGUAUUGGCAGAUGAAGAUGAUUCAGACACACUUAUUCCAGAUCUUGCUGCAAAUGCUCGAACUGCAUUCACAAUUGAUAAUAGUAAUGCUACAAUGUCUAGAGAUCAAGCAUUGAGUUUACUUAGAUCUUUAAACACUGAACAAUCUGCAAUAUUUCACAAAGUUCGCAAAUGGUGUCUUCAGAAAGUAUAUGGUGAAAAUUUUGAACCAUUUUUCUUGUUUGUUACAGGUGGAGCAGGCACAGGAAAAAGUCAUUUAAUCAAAGCAAUUCAUUAUGAAUCUUGUAGGCUCUUAUCUCAGCUGUCUGAUAACCCUGAUGAUAGAACUGUGAUUUUAUGUGCUUCAACAGGUGUGGCCGCUUACAACAUUGGUGCCGCAACCAUCCAUAACACCUUUUCUAUUGGUGCUAAUGUCAAGUUGCCAUAUCAACCUUUAAGUGAUGACAAAAUCAAUUCUCUGCGUUCCAAAAUGGCUUGUUUGCAAAUUUUGAUCAUUGAUGAAAUAUCCAUGGUUGACCAUCACCUUUUGUCUUAUGUUCAUGGCAGGUUGAGACAAAUCAAGCAAACUGGUGACUACUCUGUCUUUGGAAAAGUAAGCAUUGUUGCUGUUGGAGAUUUUUAUCAGCUUCCGCCUGUAAAAGGUACUCCCCUCUAUGCCGAUGCAAAAGGAGUGAACCUUUGGGACAACAUCUUUGAAAUUGCUGAAUUAACAAAAGUUGUUAGGCAAGAAGAUGCAUCUUUUGCAGAAAUGUUAAAUCGUCUGAGAGUUCGUAAAAAGAAUGAACCUCUGAAUCUAAGUGAUGUUAACAUGCUGAAGCAAUGUGAAACUGGUGAGGUAUGUACUGAAAUUCACAUAUUUCCUACAAAUUCUGAAGUUGAUGAAUAUAACAUGCUCAGGCUUCAUGAGUGUUGUCCCGACGUGAUCAGUAUUCGAGCUCGAGAUUUUGUGAGGAAUCCUAAAACUGGACGAAUGGAACCCAAGGUUGGAAUGCAUACAAAAGUUUUCAACUCUUGUUUAUCUACAUUUGUUUCCUUGGGUGUUGGAGCAAGAGUUAUGUUAAAGAAAAAUGUGGAUGUUUCUGAUGGCCUUGUUAAUGGAGCCUUUGGCACUGUUGUCCAUGUAAGUGAAAGUCAGAAACAUGAUGAUGUUGAUAACGAUUUCCCCUCAGCUAUUCAUGUAGAAUUUGAUGAUCCAAAUGUUGGUAAAGUUCAGCGAUCAAAACAAUGUCCAAGAUUUUCCAAAAAUGCAACUGUAAUUGAAGCAGAAGAAGAUCAAGUCACAAAUGAUGGUGGCAUAAGACGUCAGUUUCCACUGAAAUUGGCAUGGGCGUGCACCGUUCACAAAGUGCAAGGGCUUACAGUAGAUAAAGCUGUUGUAUCACUUGACAAGAUCUUUGCUCCAGGACAAGCAUAUGUUGCAUUGAGUCGUGUGAGAACCAUCGAUGGAUUAAUCAUUAAAAACUUCAAGGAGUCUGCCAUAUAUUGCAAUGAUAAAAUUGAGCAAGCAAUGAAAAAUAUGGUCAAAUUUUCUUUAGAAAACAACGGUUUCAGACAUACACCGGGUAAAUUUAUAAUUGCUCUUCAUAACGUGCAAAGUCUUCAAGCUCACAUUCAAGAUGUUCGAGCUCACAGACAGCUUUUGAAUGCAGAUUGCAUUUGUUUAACUGAAACAUGGUUAAAAGCUGAAGACAAGGAAGAUGAAGUACAGAUACCAGGGUUUAAUUUUAAGCAUAAUCCAAGAGCUAAUUGUUAUGAUAACAGCAGUCUGCUUUUCAGUAAUUUAAAAUGCCAACGAGGAGGAGGAGUUGGAAUAUACUGUUGUCAAAAUGUGGUUUCUAAUGUCAUCAUUCCAGAACCUUGUAAUUUGGAAUGUCUCUACUUGACAAUUCCACAUGUGAAUUUAAAUGUUGCACUGCUGUACAGACCUAAUUCAUAUCCAAUUGACAUGUUUCGACUAAAUGUAUUGCAUGUCAUUGCUGAGUUGGAGAAACAUCCAGGAACCAAACUAAUUAUGGGAGACUUUAAUGAAGAUAUCAUAACAUCAUCAUCUACAAUUAGGAUGUUAAUGGAAUUUCAUGGAUACAGUCAACAUGUGCAACAUCCAACAACUGAGAAAUAUACAUUAAUAGAUCACGUGUAUGCUAAAGAUGCACAAAAUAUUUCAGUUGACAUUAUUUCAACUUAUUUUAGCUAUCAUGAGGCAGUGCUAGUUACACUAGGGUAAUGUGUAUAUUGAACACUAUAGAACUUUGAUUUUUUUGUCUUUGUCUGUUCUACAAUGUGAUGCUGACACUGAGAGUAAUGUCUACAAAAUGCUGUACAGGUUUGCAACUGGUAAAGGUAUGCUACUAAACUAUCAAAUUGUUAACUUAAAGAUGCAUCGGUUUCAUUUCGUACCACCAUAUUAACAAGGAAGAAAGUCAUGUAAGGUAUCUCAGUUGUAUGGAAUUUAUGCCCAUUCUGAACCAAUAUAUUUGUAUUACUGCAUUGUGUGUUCCUUUUGUUCAUUCCAUGUGCUACUCAUGCUGAGAAUCCAAGAUGCCCAAAUUACUACCAACUGCAUACCAGCUUUUAUCACAGAGUCCUACAACACCUGGUCUUUCUAGAACUUCAAAGCAACACACAGCUUUUCUACCACAAGCCAUCCAUACAACACUGGAUGUUUCCAAACAGCAUAGGAAGCAUCCACCAAAGCCUGCCUACAUUCCUACAGUUUUCUACAGUUUAUUUCAGAUUUCUGAAAUACACUAUACCUCAUGAGGUUCUAUUCUACACAAACUCUCAAAAUUCACAACACAAAAUAAGCUUUGUGCAACUCCGAGACUAAAAGACAUAUUAUGACAUCCAAAAAACUUCUAUAACGAUAUCAACUAUUGACACAAAGAUUUUGUCCUAACAAUCAUUAUUCCCUCUACAUACUCAUCGUAUCAUGCUGAGCCCCAUGAGCUCAUUUGAAGAAGUAAACAACAUAUUUAAAGCUUUUUUACAGUUUUCAUCUCAAUAUAACCACUGGUGAUAUUCUGGAGCUGAGUCCUGUACAAGUAAACUCCCAGUAAAUGUUAAAAUUAUUUUCAUGCUCUAAAGACACAAUCACGGUUCAAACCCUGCUGUGAAAUUCUGAGGCCUUUUGAACUAUUGUAUAGAAACUCACAACUUUAAAAAGGGAACACAACAGACUCCACAACUAUCAGUUUAGAGAAUAUCCUAACAGAACUGUAAAUGGAUGCAGGCAGUUGAUAGUAAAAUUUGAGCUAUAAUUCUCAAUCAUGCAUUGUUUACAGAGACAUCUGUAGAUGCACUGCAACACAUCAGUGAAUUUUUCAGACUUCCUUUGGUGUUUUGGGUCUCUUAACAUCAGACAGUCUCUUGGUUGACUAGGGUAGGAUUGAUCAGGUCCCAACCUGUGCCUCACAAUCACCUGGCUCCCCUUUUAACCAAAUUGACAGACUUUCUUUGCAGCAUUUAUGUUAGACUAUCUUGUGCAGGGAAUGGUUAACAAAUCCUAUUAAUUCAACUUUAGUGGGCUCACCAUUAACUUUUCAACUUAUCCUCUGGCACACCCCUAAGAUCCUGGUAUUUGUCAACUUGCACACACUAGCCUCUUCAGUGCAGACCUGCCAAUAAAAUAUCAAUAAGAAGACCUGAUUUGAAGACAUGCAUGUGUGGUCAUGCCUCCUGUCCAAAGAACCUCAUGUGACCAGCAGUAGCAGUGGUCUCCUAUGCCUGUCAAGCAGCUACUAAGAAUGUUCUCCAGUGUUCCCCUUCUGUGACAGAGUGAACAUGUUAGUCUGUUGCUCUUACCCCAGCAAAUCACAGUCUGCUUGGAUCAUGAACUUAAUACUCAGUGACUGUCUCUUCCCAAUGUUAUUCCAGAUUUAAUGUCACAAGCAUAGUUCAACACCCACUGUGAAAUUGAAGCAUUUGAACUGCUGUACUGUAUAGAAACCCACAACUUCAAAAAGUGAAUACAACAGACUCUAUCAAUUUUGAGAAAUGGAUGCAGGCAGUUGAUAGUCCAUUAAAAUUUGAGCUAUAAAACUCAAUCAUGCAUUGUUUACAGAGACAUCUGUAGAAGCACUGUGACACAUCAAUCGUGAAUUUUUCAGACGUCCUUUAGUGUUUUGGGUGUCUUGACAUCAGACACUCUCUUCGUUGAGUCAGCUGGGAUUGAUCAGGUUCUGUCUUGUGCCCACCAUCACUGGCUCACUUUUUGAACCAAAUUAGGAUAAUUGUGAACUUUCCAACUCAUCCUCUGGCACACCCCUGAGAUCCUGAUAUUUGUCAACUUACACACACAUUAGCCUAUUCAGUGCAGACCUGCCAAUGAAGACCUGCUUUGGAGACAUGCAUGUGAGCACCACAUCUGGUCUUGAAGAGGUUAAUGUGAUAAGAGCAGGCUGGCAAUCAAUGUCAUGCUAAUGUCACAAAUUUUUCACACUAAUUUGAUGUUAGGUGUGGUCAUGCCUGCUGUCGAAAGGCAACUGUCUCCAAACAUUUUUUUCUGACUAUUGCAUUGAAAAUUGCUUCUCAGGACGUCAGAACCUCAUCAUGUGAUCAGCAGGAGCAGUGCUCCCCUAUGCCUGUCAAGCAGCUACUAAGAAUGUUCUCCAGUGUUCCCCUUCUGUGACAGAGUGAACAUGUUAGUCUGUUGCUAUUACUCCAGCAAAUCACAGUCUGUUUGGAUCAGAAACUUAAUACUCUGUGACUGACAAAUGACAAAAGCACAGUUAGUGUGAAAUUGAGGCCUUUGAACUGCUGUACUGUAUAGAAACCCACAACUUGAAAAGUGAAUACAAUAGACUUCACUAUCAAUUCCGAGAAUGUCCUAAAAGAACUGUAAAUGGAUGCAAGCAGUUCAUAGUUAUAUUACUUGGGUGAUUAAGUAUUCAUAGCUAAAAUUAUUUUAUGGACUAUGUAAUACAACUGGUAUGGAUGGCUUGUUUUAUAUUUGGCCCACCUUUAGUUAUUUGAAUAUGUGCCAGCCAAAGGAGGAUGGCCUGCCCCUGCUGAGCCCGGUUCCUCCCAAGGUUUCUUCCUUCGAUUUUUACAUUAUCAACAUCAACUUAAAAUUUAAGGGAGUUUUUCCUUGCCACUGUCGCCUUUGGCUUGCUCACAUGGGUAUUAUGGCACGGUUUAUUAAAUUUAAAUAAAAUUGUUUGUAACAAAUAGAAUAAAUACAACA